UUAGAUGUUGUAGUAGUACUUUUAAUAACCCUCGUUUUAAUUCAUCUGUAUAUUUAUAUGUCGCUAUAUAUUUCGCGGUAGUUGUUAUUUCUAAUGCCCGGUUAAAAGAGUAAAGAUAAGACAGGUUUGUAGAAAGGUCUUGGGUAGAUCCUGUUGACAGGUGUCAUUCAUGCGUCUGUCAUCAUGAUUGAUUACGGCGAGCGAAAUGUUCCUCUAGCUGAUAUCAUCUUCUAUCAGGGCGAAGAGAGAGAGAUGACAAUACACUGCUUGUGCUCCAGAGCUUACGUCAAUGAUCGAGAAUUGUAUCGGUCAGAUUCUAAAGCCAUCCUGAAUCAGACUGACAGUCAAUUGCAAGUAGAUUUUGAAGCUAAUGAUGGGGAAGAGCUUUUGGAGGACCUUAGCUGUUCUGUGGAUGAUGAGGAGGAGGAGGAGGAGGAGGAGGAGGAGGAAGAAGAGGCUGUUGAUGAUGAAGAGACCAUGCUUAUGGCCAGUUUGGGGCUUCCUGUGGAGUUUGCCAGUUCAUCAAAACAGAGGAAAGCUGGCCAAGUUUUAGUGAGACCGAAGAACAAAAGAACCAUCAAUCAUUUGGAAGCCCCCAUAGAUUAUGCCGAUACACACAAUGACUCUGAACAGAAACAGCAGUGUGCUGUGAGUGACAUCGCUGAGACCCCCGCUGAACAGACGUGUCCCACAUCAGAGGAGGCCUGGCUGAGCUACUGGCAGCAGCAUGGGGAGGGUCUGCUGUGGCAGAGCUGGCUGGAGAAACAACCUGAAAUCUCCAGCAGUACAGCACAGGAAUGUUCCCGCUCAGAGGCAGACUGGGACGAGCACUACCAACAAACAUACCAGUACUACUGGGAACAGUUUCACUACUGGGCCGCCCAGGGUUGGAUAGUGGAUGAGACCUACAGCCCCACCGCUGCUUCUGAGGAAUAUCAGGGCAUCCGAGGAGAAACAGAGGCACUCAAGUCGAAUCGGAUAGAAGAAAGAUCGAGUGUUACUCAUCUCAUAAACAGCCUGAGCUUACUGAAUGAGGAAGUUGACAGCGAGGUUGGCGACCAGCAGUUUUUGGUCUGUAACUGUGCUGAUGAGCCCUGUGAUGGUGGAAACCGCAAAAGGCCAUCGUCACGUACAGCGUGCACUGACAGUUCUGAUGGCAGCAUGAAACAGACCUCUGCGCCAUUGAGUAAUUGGUGUGGACAGCCCAUAAAAAGCAGAUCUAACGAUGAGGAUCAGAGUGAUGAUGAUGAACCUCCAGGGAACAGACGAGCUAAAGUGAAGGGAGCUCAUGAGCUGGAUGUUGAGGAGCUUGCGGAGGUGCCGGUUGAGGAGGCGUGGGAUGCUCUCGGUCUGAGAUGUGGUCCACAGCCCAAGUUUGACAGCGUUGUGAAGCUGAAACAAGGCCAAGCUCCAUAUGCUGGCAGAAGGAGUGAGGAGAACAGAAAGCCUCCCAAGGAAAGAAAAAAAGCAGCCUGCAAAAUCAACAAGCACAUCUUCUUUACUGAUGAUGGACCACAAACCACAAAGCCACAGAUCAGCAAAGUCCUUCAGAAAGUCCAGAGUUUUCUUCAGCAGUUUCAGACUGAUGCUGACUCUGAGGAGGUGACCCCGGCUUCCAUGCCUGAAGCCCUUACUGUGCCAUGUGAGAGAGCAGAAGAUGGAAGUCUACCUACACGACAGGAAGCAGAGUGUGAGAAGACUCCUCAGCAGCAACAUCAGCAGAACAUUCAGCCAGAGCCAGAAGAAAGACAGAACAGCGAUUCAGAUCCCCGAGGAGAGCUGCAGCCCUUGGACGUCCCUGACUUCUUACUCCCUGAGGGAGCAGAGAGCGUGCAGGCCUUAAAAAAGAACAAGAGAAGGAACAGGAAAAGGAGAAAGGAUGUGGAGAUGCCACCUGAGAUUGCAGCAGAACCUGAGCUGGCCAAGUACUGGGCACAGCGCUACCGUCUGUUUUCCAGGUUCGAUGAGGGCAUCAAACUUGACCAUGAGGGCUGGUUCUCAGUGACUCCCGAGAGGAUAGCAGAGCACAUCGCUCUGAGAGUGCAGGACAGCUUCAGCACAGAGCUCAUUAUCGAUGCCUUCUGUGGUGUGGGUGGCAAUGCCAUUCAGUUUGCCCUCACUGGGAAAAGAGUGAUCGCCAUCGAUAUCGACCCCGCACGCCUGGCUCUGGCACAGCACAAUGCAGAAGUGUAUGGGGUGGCGCACCAGAUAGAGUUUGUGCAGGGAGACUUCCUGCAGUUGGCUCCGCGCCUGCGAGGAGACAUGGUUUUCCUCAGUCCCCCGUGGGGAGGACCAGAGUACCUCAGUGCUGACGUCUUCAACAUCAAGACCAUGAUGACUCCUGAUGGAUUUGAAAUUUUCAGGUUGUCAAAAAUGAUUUCGGACAAUAUUGUCUAUUUUCUUCCUCGAAAUGCAGACAUGGAACAGAUCGCAUCUCUCACCGGCCCAGGUGGGAAGGUGGAAUUGGAGCAGAACUUUCUGAACAACAAACUGAAAACAAUUACUGCAUACUUUGGCAACUUAAUUAAGUCAGAAACAUAAAACUUUGUUCACAUUAUCUGCAGUUUACUGUUUUCUUAAGCCAUUGAUGAUACAUUUUACAUAAAAAUGUACAUUAUAUGUGUACUUGUGAUGCUGCUAGUUUAAUGUUUAUUUUAACUUAGAUCUAUGUUUU